AUGGUCAAAAUCAACGACUUCGCUGUGGAGUCAUGGAUGGACGCACACGAGACGAAGUGCAAGUACAACCUCGCCGAAACAUGCUGUGCCUCCCUCUCCAUCGACCAGCUCCGCGACCUCUCCGAGAACAAGGACGGCCAAGUCUUCGACACUGCGAAAAUUCUCGACUAUGGUGCCAUCAGGGGAUCCGAGCAGCUACGAAACAAUCUUGCACGACUGUACUCGGCAAAAGUGGCUUCACCCUUGUCGCCAGACAGCAUCCUCACCACGGCUGGAGCAAUUCAAGCAAACUACCUGACGGCGUAUGCCCUGGUUGGCCCCGGGGACCAUGUCAUCUGCCACUACCCCACCUACCAGUCACUCUACGAAGUGCCAAAGCAACUAGGCGCAGAAGUCGAUCUGUGGAAAGCAAAGCCCGAGAAUGAAUGGAUCCCCACCAUCGACGACCUGAAAGCCCUCAUCAAGCCCACCACCAAACUCAUCGUCAUCAACAACCCCAACAACCCCACAGGCGCCGUGCUGAAAAAGAGCCUCCUACAACAAAUCAUCGACCUCGCCUCAGAGACCAACAUCACCGUCUUCGCAGAUGAAGUCUACCGCCCCUUGUUCCACUCCAUCAGCCCGAUAGACAAGGACUUCCCCCCUUCGCUGCUCUCCAUGGGCUACAAGAACGUCGUAGUCACAGGCUCCAUGUCCAAAGCGUAUUCGCUCGCCGGGAUCCGCGUGGGCUGGAUCGCCUCGCGCAGCCCCGAGCUCAUCGAGACGAUUGCGCAGGCGCGGCACUACACCACCAUCUCCGUCUCGCACUUUGACGAGCAAGUCGCUGCGUACGCGCUCCAUCCAUCGACGAUCCACAGCCUGCUGGCCCGCAAUAUCCAGCUGGCAAAGACCAAUCUCGCGCUGCUGGAGAGGUUUGUGCUGAAGAAUGAGGACGAGUGCGAGUGGGUGAAGCCCGUGGCUGGCACGACGGCUUUUAUCAAGUUUCAUAGAGAGGGGAAGCCGGUCGACUCGGUGAAUUUUUGCAAGAAACUGCUUGAGAAGACGGGCGUGCUGUUUGUUCCGGGCAGUCAGUCGUUUGGCGACGAGUGGAAGGGAUAUGUCAGGAUUGGAUUUGUGAACCAGACGGAUGUUGUGCAGAAAGGGCUAGAUGAGGCGACCAAGUUUGUCAGGAAGAAUCUAGAUGACGUUGAUUUGGCUACGUAG